CGAGGUCAUAUUUUCCGGAAGCUGGCCCCGGCAGUCGGACCGGGUCUCGCUGCCGUGCUGCCCAACCUACGCAGUUUCUACUGGGAAUUCGGAGAGGUAGACGACACGUCCAUCAAUGUGGAAAGCAGGGCCUCCUUCGCGAAGAUGCUCGAGCAGACGAGGCUUGACAAAUGCUCUGCGGCAGAAAUCACAUUCCAUCCAGACCCUCCAGCAGACCACCGCGUGGCUGAACCUUCGCGUAUACCCACAGGCGCACUCUACGAUCCACUCAGCGCAUCUCUGCGUCUCUUUUUGCAGACCCUGACUUCCCUUGUUCUAGACGGCUUUGUCGACUCGACUCUGUUCUGGCCUUCAAGCCUCGAGACAAGCUCCAUGCCCAGCUGGCCGGCCCUCAGGAAACUGAUGGUCUUGUUCAACAUGGCCGCUCCGUCUGGCGAGUGGUACUUUGACGGCACACCAGGCGAGAUCGAGGAGCAAUUCCGCCACCAUGCAGAUGCAAGGACCCUGGGUCCGUUCGUCACGGCUUUCGCAAGGGCAGUCCAAAACAUGCCGGUCCUCGAACACUUCCUAAUCGAAACGGAGCUGGGCUACGAUACAGGCUACUGGGACAUCUCGUACCACGCGCCAGGCAUACAAGCCGACGGCGACGAAAACGACGACGAUGCCAAGUUACGCCGCGUCUACUAUUCCGUGGGAGAAACAUGGAGGCCAGAUGCCUUUGUCGCAGAAGCUUUUCGAGGCCUCGGCCGGGAUACCCAUGGGCCGGCGCUGAUUGAAAGGUUCCAAGGGCUCAGGACGUGGGCGCUGGAGUCGCCUUGGAGCUGGUUCUAA